GGCAUAAUCUUUAAAUAUGUACAGAAAAACUGAAUAAAUUGAAUUGAUUAAUUAAUUAGUUCACCAAUGUAACGGUUGUAACUUUUUAGAGGAAAAAAUGUAACUACAUCACAGUGUAUAUAUACAUAUAACAACAGUGAGUUUAUACUGUUAGUCACAUUGUCUUAAUCCAAUUUUAUUAAUUAUGUUGACAGAAGUCAUUAAUAUCAAGCUAGAACAUUGAAUAUCUUUUGUCAAAUAGUUCACAUACUUAAGAAGAGGAAGUUUGAUACGUAUACGUGAAUAUAUAUACAUAUAUGUAACAAUAUCAACAUAAGUAACACAGCGGAACCAACUAAGUAAUGAAACAAAUAAUGAUUGACAUUUAGAAUUUUUUUUAUCUGUUAUUAGUAAUACAGAUAAAUAUUAACAAUAAACUAACUUAAUAAGCCAUGUGAUAUUUAUGCCUGGAAACAAGAUUACUUCUAGACUAUAUAAAAAGAAAAAAAGAAGUAGAAUAAAACUUCGUAGGAAUUCAUUUACUGUGAUAACAAAUGCUUCCAUGUUUAUUUGUAUUUUAUACUUAUAUACAUUAAACGUUGAUUUAUGAAGUGAAUAGCUUGAUUCAAUCGGAUUAUAACAAUGAGAAAACUACCGUUGGACCUUUUAAGUGACAAAUUAAUUUGUCAAUUAUUUAUUAACUGGGUAAAAUACAUAAAUCAAAAUUCAUAUCUAACCAAAGAAAAUGAAUUCAAUAUACUCAUGAUAAAUGAACGAAAUUCCAUUUGAUUCUGGGACAUGAAGGCAAUUGUUCAGAGUAAAAAUGUUAUCUAUUACAUGAAACAAUUAUUUCUGCUUCACCUUUUUAUACAUUUCACAAUUAUAUCAUCAAGUAUAUAUGGACGAAUACCAAGGCUUCAAGUGUAUUCAACAGAGUUUAGUAUUGAUGAAAAUUGUCAAAUCGGUACAGAAAUUGGUACAAUAAAUGCAAUUGUGCUACCAAACUCCAUGUCUUCAUCAAUAACACAUUCAUCUUCAAAUGAAUUUGGACAAAUCAUCGCGAUAAACUAUAAAUUGGGUUCACCUUCAACAUUGUUUAGUGUAGAUGAACGUAAAGGUUUAUUGGUUACUAAAGCUGAUAUAGAUGCAGAAGCGCUAUGCUCCUACGUGACGACCCUCAGUCCUGAUCAUAUAAAUAACAAUGAUGAAUCAGAUUUGAUGUUGGAAUCUGGUACAUCUAAGAAUAAUCGUAGUAAACCUAUACCAGUAGUGGAUCAUAUCAAAUGUAAUAGUUCUGGUGAUUUGACGGUUCAUUUUGAUGUGAAUGCUGUACACAUCGAUGGAAGUCUUCGAGCAGUUCAUCAUAUUGUUGUUCGUAUACAUGAUCUUAAUGACAAUGGGCCAAAGUUUGAUCAAAUUAGGUGGCAUAAACGUUUGAAAGAGGCACUUUAUCGAGCCGGUAGGAGAAUUGAUCUACCAAAAGCUAGAGAUAUUGAUAUACUUGCUGAACAUAGUAGAAUAAAUUAUCGACUUGAAUCAUGGCAUAAUGAUGGAUCCAGUUCAAUCAUUCCUUUCAAAAGUCCUUUUAAACUGGAAAUAAGUAAUUCAGGCCAACCUGGCUUAAUAUUGACUGAAGAUUUGGAUGCAGAAAUGGAAACGAGACAUAGGUUUGUCUUAGUUGCUUACAGUCCGAAUGUUAUUGAUUCAAAGAACAAAUUGAAUGGUCAAGCAAUUUCACGUGAAUCUCGUCUGGAAAUUGAUAUUGAAGUAGCAGAUAUGAAUGACAACGAACCCAGAUUUUCAUUCACUGUAUAUAAUAUCAGUGUAGCUGAAAAUACAUCAGUCGGAACUGUCAUUUAUGAACUUGUUGCUCAUGAUCCAGAUAGUACAUCUAAACUCACAUAUACAAUGGCUUCUUCAUUAGAAUAUCAAGUAAUGUCAAGUACAUUUCAUAUUGAAGCUGAUGGACAUGUUAGACUGCAUAGCAGUUUAGAUUAUGAAAUACGUCAUAUUUAUUCAAUUCCAGUUGAAGUUACUGAUGGAGAAUUCUCUGCUCGUACUACUUUGAAUGUUCAAGUAUUAGAUGUUAAUGAUGAACCACCAGCAUUUGAAUUAAAUCCUAAACAACUAAUCGCUGAUGAAAAUUCUCCACCUGGAAAACUAAUUGGACGAGUGCGAAUACGUGACCCUGACAGUCCUAGUGUAAAUGGACUUGUAGAAUGUUCAGAGCCACCAGGGUUGGUUCGUCGUCAGGCACUUAAUUUUUUACCAGAUCCAACUGUCAAUCCAAGUGCAGAAGUUUUUGAUCUAACUACCAGAAUCAUGCUUGAUAGAGAAGAUCCUGAGAAUCCUAUACCCGGUCACCUAAUCAUAUAUUUAAUUUGUUCAGAUGGUGGUUUAAGCUCUGGCGGAAUGAUAUCGCAUAACUCGGAUAGUAAAAUACGUUUGACAUCAACAAUGACAGCAACUUUAUCCAUACGAGACGUAAAUGAUCAUAAACCAAUUUUUGAAAAUUCCAUUUAUCAUAUGUCCAUUCAAGAAAAUAAUCCUAUUGGUGAAAAAGUAGUACAAAUUAGAGCUCAUGAUUCAGACGAAGGAGAAAAUGCUAGAAUCACAUAUUCUCUGUUGGAUAGAGCUAACUUCAAAGUAGAUUCUUUAACAGGUUGGAUUACUCCAAAUGUAAUGUUUGAUCGUGAAACACGUGAUUCAUAUCAAGUCACAGCGAUUGCAUUGGAUAAUGGAAAACCUCGUUUAUCUUCAUCUGUUUUAAUUAAUAUAACUGUAUUAGAUGUCAACGACCAUAGUCCAGUCUUAGCCUCAUAUGAAGCCGAUGAGUCUCUUUUAAAAACCAAUGAUCUACCUUUAGGACGUUUUGGUUUGAAAAACUUAUUUAUUGUGAGAGAAAAUAUGCCGGUCAAUACAUAUAUUGGUAACAUACUGGCAUCUGAUAAAGAUGAAGGAUUAAAUGCUGAGUUGAGAUUCAUGUUAUUUCCAGACCCGGUAUACCGCAUACACGAAAGGUUCAGACUAUUGCCUAAUGGUUCACUGUACACAAACGUUGAGUUGGAUAGAGAAGAGAAGGAUCAUUAUCGCCUCACAGUCGUUGUGAGUGACCAGUCACCAGAUGAACCACUAACAACAACUGGAACUAUUGGUAUUAUUGUUCUGGACCUAAAUGAUAAUCAACCUCAAUUUUUAAGUCCACACGGACUUUUAAUUCCGAAUAACACACAACUCAGUGGAUACAAACGACAUAUGAAUAGGGGCAUCGAACUUUAUGACCAACCUUCGGAAGAUCACAACUAUAACGUAGCAAAGGGCAAUCAAAAGCGUAGUGAUCAGGAAUAUCAAAGUGAAUCAAAUCCGCUUACAGAUACAAAUACACAGUCUACGGCUCCUGAGCCAGUAGUUCGCCUAUCUGUGUACGAAAAACCUGAUCAAGUGAUAAGUAAACUGUAUGCUGAAGACCCAGACGCUGGAGACAAUGGGGCUGUAUUUUACUUGCUAGAAGAAUUUUAUGAUUUAUCAGUGGAUAAGAUCAGACCAAAUCCUCUCAUUCGAGUUCAACCAGAGACUGGCGAAUUAAUAUUAAUACGUCAUAUGGCACCAAUUGAUUUAGGGUAUCAUUUCUUUAAAGUGACCGCAUCUGAUCGUGGACAUCCUCAAAUGAAAAUAGAUCAAAAGAUUCUUCCAUUACUUGUUGAGGACAAGCCUGCCUCAGGAAGCUUGGGACAAAGUUCAUUAUCAUCUAGCUACUAUGUGAGCAACAUAACUGGACUUGGACUUGAUGAAUGGGGUCCAAGUGGUGGCAAAAACAUUCUAAUCAUUACUGCUUUAUCUAUCGUUUCAGGAAUUCUAGCAGCUAUACUAAUUUCGGCUGUUUUUUGUGUUACCAAACCAUGCUCACGAAACCGUCACGGAAAUAGAUGCGUAAAUGGAAGACAUAAUAGAUUAAGAAAUAGACCUCCAACGUAUCCAGGAGGUCCAGACUCAAAUAAUGGAAUAUUAGUGGGUGAAAAUGGGUCUUUCAUUAAUGGAACAAUGGAACAACGAGGUUAUCCAGUUUCUAAUGGUUCACAUCAUACUACAUUCCAUAGGCCUCCUGGUCCACUUAACGGUGACGUGUGUAUGGAUAACUGGUUGCAUCACGUUAGAAAUAGUGAAGCGAAUUAUGGAAAUAUGUCGUUCCCAUUCCAUAGUCCUUCGAACGAUUCCAAAAAUGAUAUUUCAAAUGACCAACACAUUCUUAUAAAUCCCAGGCACAAUAAUCAAACGGAAAACAAUUUGAAUUAUGUACAGAAUGAAACAGCACAAGUUACAUAUGAAAACUUGAAGAAUAAUCAGCUUCAUGAUAUUCCUCUCUCAUCUGGUUUGGCUUCGGCUAAUUUAUCACUUUCCUCGAGAAAUAAUGACCAAGCUGUUGCUGUACGUGUUCUCAGUCAACAAAUGAAUAGUGAUAGAUUUGGUGAAAUUCAAGAUCAAAUAUUUCUACCCCGAUCCAAUAGGCUUUCUGGCAUAACAAUUGGCUAUUCUACUGAUUCAAUGACUUCAACUUCGAACAGUGCCUUGCCUGCAUUUAACAUAAAACUGGAUCCUGUAAAUGCUUUUUGUGUUACUAAACCGAUACCAGUAGUGUCUAAAAUUAUAUGCAAUUUCAAUGAAUAUCAAAUGGAUUCUCAGACAACAGAGAACAGUGAGGCUUUACACGAAGCGAAUCCUGCGAACCCAACACACUUCAAGACGAAUCUGCAGGAUAAUCCUCUGGAUGACAGGUUAGUUAGGCAUCAAGGAAAGCGGUUAGUUACAACAGUACCUAAAUUAGGCACAUUGUACAACUGUAUGACAGUAGGUCACAGAUCAAAUUUAGGUGUUGAACAAAUCAUAUCAUUUGAAGAGCAUGCAUCCGAUUCUGGUCGAGGUGGAAGUGAAGAAGAACUUACUGUACAAAAAUAUGAUCCACAUAAGGCAGAGACAAUCAUUUCAAAUAUGAACCCUGAAGAAGAUAUAAGUAUAUGGAAUGAGUCGACUAUUCAAAAUGAUGUAUCACUCAACUCAAACUUACCAGAUAAAUCUGAUGUCAGUUUAAGCAAUCCAUGGUUUGAAACAACCGCCUCACCAAUGGGAUCAGAUUAUCAACGCGAAGGCCGCUUUUGCAUGUCCACACCAUGAACGGAAAAGAAAAUGACUAUUAAGAACGAGUUACAAAGGGUUUAAUUUGCUUCAAAGUUUGUAUAAUAACGAGAAGAAAUACUUAUUUCGAGACAAAUACUAACUUAUCGAUAAAAACAACACAUAAUGAUAUUAAAAGCAUUUUACAAAAGGGAAAACUAUGAGUUCAAUGUUUACUUCUGAGAAAUAAAAAUACAAAUACCCUAUGCUUUAUUUACAUAAUUUCUCAGUUAUUUCAUCUUCAUUAUUUUCUAUGCAUUCAUCUUAUUGUUUGAUUUCACAUAUAAUUAGGUGUAAUUCAAUGUCUGCCCAAUGGUAUUGUAUGAAAAUUUGAUUAUAGCUUCUUUCAUGUAUGUAUAUAUGUGCAUAUAUCUGAAUCUGUACAUUUCCUUAAAACACCCUAUUGUUUGCUAAUUGUUGAAAUUUUCAUCCAAACUGUCUUUAACUAUAAACUUGUCACUAGGUUAUGCUGUUUUUGUAUGAUCAAUAAUUUCAUAGUAUACUUUGAUUGAUUGACAAUUAACAUGUAAAUAAAUUUACUAGUUAGAAAUAUAAAUAAAGUUUACAUUCCUUAGGUCAUUAGUUAAGAGAAACAAAAAAACGGACAUACUGAACUAUUCCUGUUUUAUAAAAAUGCCAGUGUUUAUAUUUGUCUAUUUAGAAAAUCGUAAAUGUUCCCUUUUUCUUUUCUAGAUAUUCCGUUUAUUUAAACAUUUCUCUACUAGGAAAUUAAAUUCAUCUAAACAUUUUCCUAUUAAUACCACGGGUGUGAGCUACUUAUUUCCUGUGAAAAUAUCCUAUUCUUAGAAAUCCAAGGUAAAAAUUCCACAGACAAUAGAAUGUCUUUGUCUUUUCACUUCUGAAGACAGUGAAGUUCGAUUUCAAUGAGCAAUGAAUUAUAAAUAGUUUAGCACUAGUAAAUAAAGAGUGCAAUUUAAAGCAUCUUUUACGAACUAUUUCAUUUCCAUAAACUGAUUUUAAAAAGUUUCAGCUAAAGCUUUCUAAUUACAUCAAUGCCAAUCGACUAGUAAUAUAAAACUGGAUUUGAUGAACGUCACAAUGAAACUAGACCUCUUAACUUUGAGUUAUUAAUAUAUACUACUUACAAGUACCUCAAAACUUUACUCGAAAUUUCAUAUUACAAUAGACCCUAUAAAUAUUUCAUCUAAAAACUUGUUUAAAACAUAUUUAAAGGUAAGAAUGUUUCAUAACCAGCGUGCUUAGUCUUUUAUUCAUCGACUUCAUUGUUUCCAACAUUGAAUAUUAUACUAACAACAUCUAUUCAAAAAUUUAUCAUCAGAAAUUGACUUUAAAAACAUAUUGUUUACUUUUGAUGAUAUCCCAGACUGCAAAUGAUUUUUUCUUUCAUUUAGGUUUAUAUACGAAGAGCUAUACUUUUAUUUUAUUAAAAUGAAUCUCACUAACCCAUAGACAAUAAAUGAAUCUGUUAAUUAAAAUAUUUAUUGGUUUCGGGAUUCCUACAGAUAAUUCAUAAUUUUACAAAACGAAGUGAGGCAUGUGAAGCAUCUGCAAAACCAAUGUGAGUAAUCCUAAAAGUCAUCACUUCAGUUCUUAUAAAAUUAUCUUAUAUCGUGGUUCUGUUGUAAUUAGGUGUUACAUAUAAAGAUGAAGUCAUAGUACAAUGCUCACAAUAUUCAGCGAUUCCUCAUUUGACUUUAAUUUGCAAUGAAAACUACAUUGAAACCAAACAAAUUCAUCAUUAAAAAAACAGCUCGCUGUAAUUAUUUUUUCUAGUGAGAAGCAAAACUGAUUGUCAUGUUUUCCAUUAAAAGAGCAAAUCUGAUUUAUUAAAAAUCAGAAACUACAGUAAUGAAAACGAAUACAGCUGAAUAUUCUUUUCACAAUGGUUACACAAAAAUUUUGCAUCUACUCGUUUUAUAAAAAUUGAGUCGGAGUAGCAUGAUAUAUAUCUAAACAAAACCACUACAAGAUUCGUGUACAGUCAUAUAUAUAUACUGAAGUUAAUAUCAUUCAUUUUUACUGACAGACAAUAGCACCCAAGGAUUGACAAAUAUGAUUAUGUCAAGGGUAAAAUAAGUCUUAAAGUUACUUACUUACUUACUUACUUACUUACUUACUUACUUACUUACUUACUUACUUACUCACUUACGCCUGUUACCCCUCGUCGAGGAGCAUAGGCCGCUUACCAGCAUUCUCCAUCCAACUCUGUCCUGAGCCUUCCUUUCCAGUUCUUUCCAGUUGCUAUUCAUCCUUUUCACAUCUGCUUCUAUUUCCCGGCGUAAUGUGUUUUUUGGCCUUCCUCUUUUUCGUUUUCCUUCCGGAUUCCAAGUUAGGGCUUGCCUCGUGGUGUAGUUUGGUGAUUUCUUUAAUGUAUGUCCGAUCCACUUCCAACGUCUUUUCCUAAUUUCCUAUUCAGCUGAAAGCUGGUUUGUCCUCUCCCAUAAAACGCUGUUGCUGAUAGUAUCUGGUCAAUGGAUGUUGAGUAUUUUGCGUAGACAACUGUUUAUAAAUACUUGUACCUUCCUGAUGAUGGUUGUAGUAGUUCUCCACGUUUCAGCUCCGUACAGUAGGACUAUCUUGACGUUCGUAUUGAAGGUUCUCACGUUGAAGUUAGUUGACAAUUGUUUUGAGUUCCAUAUGUUCUUCAAUUGUAGAAAUGCUGCCCUUGCUUUUUAGCGAGUUAGCUUUUCUACGGGAUGGGGUCGCUAAUCCCAUGCCCAACCCACCUCCUUUACCUGGGCUUGGGACAGGCAGUAAUUCUAGAAGAGCUACAGGAGGAGUUAAGUCUUAAAGUUACCUAGGUUAAAAUCAACGCAUAACUAUGAGAAGUAUAAUAUCUCCUUACAGUAUAGCAACUCAGAUACAAUUGAGUUUGUUUACAUCUAAUUUGGCUAAGCCCUUUUGUUAACUUAUUUAAUGGACAGUCAUUCAUACAAUAACAACCUACUUAUACCAUUGUUCUUUUAUUAUAUACGCUUGAACAUUGCUUAUUGCCUACGCAUGUAUUCAUUCCGCUAGCCUUAUUAUUAAUCGCUUAAUUGAUCCGAUGAUUCAUACUUUCCCACUUAUAUAUAUAUGUACACCUUAAUCCUUUUUACUGCUCUGUACUGCGCUACACCGUAUUGUAUACGCUUAAUUUGGUUCUCACGCUCACUCGCCUGCUUUACGGCACUGCUCUUUCAUGCUUGUUUAACGUGCCUGUAAUAUUGGAUACCUGUGUGUGGUUCAAUAAUAAACGCAAUCAACCCUUCG